ACUUACUAAAAGUUAACUUAAAGGUAAACUACCCCUUUAACAGACCUGGGGGAAACUACAUUCUGUUGCAUUCUUUCAAGAGUCGGAACUGGAGAACAAGAAGGGAUAAUAACAAAAUGUUACUUUCAAUAGCAAUGACAUUCACAAAUCACAACCGGGGAGUCACUUAGAAUGAGAUGUUCUUGUGUGGGUGGAGUUUCCCUUUAAUGGAUGCUGCCAUAAUAUCAUCAGAGCAGUGUAAGUGAGUGAGUAACAUGAGUUUAUGAUUCCCACCCUCACACUGGCCUGUGUCACAUUCAGGGCUUUCUGUUACUUUGUGUUGCCAGUUGUCUGGCUCCUGGCUGCUACACUUCCCCGCUUGGCUCCCUCUCACUGGAAAUAACUUCAGAGGAGCAUCACAUGCAACUGCCGCUGGAAGAGCUGACAGUUUGGAGGUGCAUUGAGUUUCUAGGAAGCCUCUUUCAAAGGGGCCUAUAAUCACAACAAUUUGCAAGAGAAAUUUAUAAUCGAAAUUAGUGGUUUCCGGAAGAACCCAACACGUUAAUCAGCAAGUGCGUCACAGCGAGGGGAUGGCUCCGUCCUUGUGGCCAUUUGGAUUUGUGAUAACUGCCUUGAUCACAGGAUCCAUUUCUCAGGUUCCUGACCAGCAACAUGGUUGUUCUCAAGGAAGCUGCUACCCGGCCACGGGAGACUUGCUGGUGGGCCGAGCAGAUAAACUCAAAUCGACGUCAACCUGUGGCCUUCGGAGAGCACAGCCAUACUGUAUAGUCAGCCAUUUGCAGGAUGAAAAGAAAUGCUUCGUCUGUGACUCUCGCAAACCCUACAACCCCUUGUAUAACCCCAUCAGCCACCGCAUUGAAAAUGUCAUUACAACUUUUGCUCCUCAUCGGAAAAAGGCAUGGUGGCAGUCUGAAAAUGGUGUCUCUGAGGUCGCUAUUCAGUUAGAUCUGGAGGCUGAAUUUCAUUUCACCCACCUGAUCAUGACCUUCAAGACCUUCAGGCCGGCGGCCAUGCUGGUGGAACGCUCUGCAGACUUUGGGCGCACCUGGCAGAUUUACCGUUACUUUGCACAUGACUGUGCCUCCUCCUUCCCAAACGUGUCCCGCAGCGCCCUGAGGAAGGUGGACGACGUUAUCUGUGAAUCCCGUUACUCUGACAUUGAGCCCUCUAUGGAAGGAGAGGUCAUCUACAGAGUUUUGGAUCCAGCCAUCCAGAUCCGAGACCCAUAUGGUCCAAAUAUUCAAAAUCUCUUGAAGAUCACCAACCUCAGAAUCAACUUUACCAAGCUGCACACGUUGGGUGACAACCUCCUGGAUUCCCGCGUGGAGAUCAAAGAGAAGUAUUACUAUGCCCUCUAUGAGCUGGUGGUGCGAGGGAACUGCUUCUGCUAUGGCCAUGCUUCCGAAUGUGCGCCCAUCGAAGGAUUGUCCAGAGAUGUCGAGGGCAUGGUGCAUGGAAGAUGCGUGUGCAAACACAACACCAAGGGGCUCAAUUGUGAGCAGUGUGAUGGUUUCUUUAAUGAUCAUCCCUGGAGACCAGCAGAAGGACGCAGCACCAAUGCCUGUAAAAAAUGCAACUGCAACAAUCACUCUCACAAGUGUCACUUCGACAUGGCUGUGUACUUGUCUACUGGGAAUGUCACUGGUGGGGUGUGUGACGACUGUGUGGACAACACCAUGGGCCAGAACUGUGAAUUGUGCAAACCGUUCUUCUACAAGGAUCCAAGCAAAGAUAUCCGGAACAGUGCAGUCUGCAAAGCCUGUGACUGUGACCCAGAUGGGUCGUUGGACGGGGGGCUGUGUGACGCCCAAGAUAACCCAGCUUUGGGUCUCAUUGCUGGACAGUGCCGAUGCAAAGAUUACGUUGAAGGCCCAAGAUGUGAUCGAUGCAAGACUGGAUUCUUUGGCUUGAGUGCAAAUAACUUUCAAGGCUGCCAAAGAUGCCAGUGUGACCCAAGAGGUACAAUCUCGGACGGUGCCCAAUGUGACCCAAUCAGCGGUGACUGUUUCUGCAAACGCUUUGUGACUGGGCCAACAUGUAACCAGUGUCUGCCAGAAUUUUGGGCCCUCAGCAAUGACCUCCAUGGGUGCAGAUCCUGUGACUGUGACGUUGGCGGGGCCUGGGAUAACCACUGUGCUACAGAGACUGGUCAGUGUCGGUGCCGGAGUCAUAUGGUUGGCAGGCAAUGUAACCAGGUGAAAUCAGGCUACUACCGCAUACACCUGGAUCACUACACGUACGAGGCUGAAUCUGCUUUGCAUCGACAGGGAUGUUCAGUGUUGGAGAGGGAACGUCCUCUUGGUCGUCCGGCCACAUGGACUGGUCCUGGAUUUGCCCUGGUUCCAGAGGGUGGAAUACUCGAGUUCCAGAUCAGCAACGUUCCCUAUUCUAUGGAGUAUGAUGUCAUCAUACGCUACGAACCCCAGCUUUCAGCAACAUGGGAACAAGUCAAAAUAUCUGUAAUUAGACCAGGUCCUAUCCCAACGAGCAGCCCAUGUGGUAAUACCAUCCCAGCUGAUGAUCUGAUGGUGGCAUCUCUACCCCCUGGCACAAGGCAUGUAGUCUUGCCUCAGCCGGUUUGUCUGGAACAUGGAGUCAGUUAUACUAUUCGACUGGAGUUCAGCAGAUACAGUUUGAGAGAAAGGGUACCUGGAGCCAGUAUAUUAGUCGAUUCGCUGGUGCUGGUUCCCAGAUAUGCGGCCAUGGAAAUGUUUAUAGCUGGGGACCCCGCAUCAAUACAACGCAAGGACACAUUUGAGAGUUACCGCUGCCACAGCAACAGUGGAAAUGUGAUAAAGUCACCUACUACCGAGGAGUGCACCGGUCUCAUCACAAGCAUGUCGGCCAUUAUUCAUGAUGGAGCCCUGCCCUGCAGCUGUGACCCACAGGGAUCUCUGAGCUCAGAAUGUGACCCCAAUGGUGGUCAGUGUCAGUGUAAGACUGGCCUCAUUGGGCAGCGCUGUGACCGAUGUGCACCAGGAACUUAUGGAUUUGGGCCAACCGGAUGCAGAGAAUGUGAGUGCAAUAAAGAGGGAUCCAGUCACAACUUCUGUGACCCGCACACCGGGCAGUGUCCUUGUCGGCCUGGGGCAUUCAGUUCCAGGUGCGACCGCUGCCAGCCUGGUCACUGGGGCUUCCCAAACUGUCGGCAAUGUCAGUGCAACGGUCAUUCAGAAGAGUGCGACCAGAGAACAGGGGCAUGUCUAACCUGCCGAGACCACAGCACUGGUGACAGAUGUGAGAGAUGCAUUGCAGGCUUUUUUGGAAACCCAGUACGGGGCUCAGGGGAUCACUGUCGUCCCUGCCCCUGCCCUGAGGGGCCCAACAGUGGGCGACAUUUCGCAGCAUCGUGUCAUCAAGACCCCCGUUCAAGACAAGUCAUCUGCAACUGCAAACAGGGUUACUCAGGAUUGGUAAAAAGGGCGAUGAGUUUACGGCGCUCUCGCUGUGAUGAAUGUUCUCCAGGGUUCUUUGGAAAUCCAUUCCAAACUGGGGGUCGCUGCCUUCUUUGCCAGUGUAACAACAACAUUGAUAUGACAGAUAUUGGGGCAUGUGACCGUCGCAAUGGGCAGUGCAUCAAAUGCAUGUUUAACACUGAAGGGAGGUUUUGUGAGCAAUGUCGCAUUGGCUUUUAUGGUGAUGCAUCAAGGCGCAACUGCAGAAAGUGUACAUGUAACUACCUCGGGACGGAACCAAAUCAGUGCCCAUCGCGGGAAGACUGCAUGUGUGACAGAACAAGUGGACAGUGUCAUUGCUUACCAAAUGUCAUGGGACAGAACUGUGACCGUUGCAGUCCCAACUUUUGGAACAUGGCAAGUGGCAAGGGCUGUCAGCCGUGCAACUGUGACCCCAACCAUUCCUUCAGCCUAGCCUGCAAUGAGUUUACUGGAACAUGUCUAUGCCGGCCUGGAUUUGGUGGUAUUACCUGUACGGAUUGCCAGGAAAAUUACUGGGGAAAUCCCAAUAUCCAGUGCAGAGCUUGUGAUUGUGAUGGCCGUGGUAUUAAGGCACCACAGUGUAACAGAGCCACCGGCCAUUGCUUGUGCCGUGCUGGAGUGUCCGGAGUGCGUUGUGACCAGUGUGCCCGGGGAUUUUCUGGCCAGUUUCCCGAUUGCCAACCCUGUCACCAGUGUUUCGGAGACUGGGACCGUAUCGUUCAAGAUCUGGCCACUCGUACCAAGAGCCUAGUUCAAAGGGGCAAAGACAUCCAGCUGAGUGGGGUAGCCGGGGUGUACCAAAAGAACUUCCGUGACAUUGAGAAGAAACUUGCCAAGGCUCAGAGCAUUGUCAAUUCUCGCAAUGCCACUGUGGAGUCAGUGACUAAACUAAUGAAGAUCAUGGAUGACCUGCGGAACAAAAUUAACGAGUCAACGGAGGCUCUCACGCAGUUAGAGGUUGAGCUGACAGCUGUGCAGGAUGAGAACUUUGACGCUAAUCAUGACCUGGCUGAGUUGGAAAGAGAUGCUCGGAGUUUAAACAUGACUGCCAAGGAGAGAUCCCAUCAACUAGAUGUCCUAAAGAACUCAAACUUUUUGGGUGCAUAUGACAGUAUCCAGCAAUCUCACGCAAAAUCUAGACAGGCCGAAAAACAAGCCAAUAAUGCCACCAGCAAUGUUCCCAGUCCUGUUAGUCAUUCAGCUGGGACCAGGGAGAAGGCCCAGCAGCUAAUCACACACAAGCGGGAUGAUUUCAACAGGAAGAAUGCGGCUAAUCGUCUGGCUCUUAAUGAUUUAGCAGCGAAAACAGACACCCUUGACAUAAAGAAGAUCAAUGAGAAGGUCUGUGGUGCUCCAGGAGAUGCUCCAUGCUCUGAGAGCCCUUGUGGAGGAGCUGGCUGUCGUGAUGAUGAGGGGAAGAGACAUUGUGGUGGGUUGAACUGUAAUGGAGCUGUUGCUACUGCUGACAAUGCCUUGGUUCGAGCACGCCAUGCUGAAGAAGAACUUCAGAAAGCACUGGGAGAAGUAGAAGUGAUUUUCCGAAAGGUGGCUGCAGCAAAGAUAAAGGCAGACAGAGCAAAACAGAGGGCCCAGGCCACACUUGAUAGAGCCAAUGAAACAAAGGCAAGGGUGGAACAGUCAAAUAAGGAGCUGCGGGAACUAAUCCAGCAAAUCAAGGAUUUUCUGAACCAGGAAGGUGCAGACCCAGACAGCAUUGAGAUGGUGGCAAGUCGUGUCUUGGAUCUCACAAUCCCAGCGACCCCACAGCAGAUCCAGAGUCUUGCUGAAGAGAUCAAAGACAGAGUGAAAACACUUGCAAAUGUGGAUGCCAUUCUGGACCAAACUGCCACUGACGUGCGCAAAGCAGAGCAACUGCUGCAUGAAGCCAAAAGGGCCAAGAACCGAGCUGAAAAUGUAAAGAACACAGCCGAGUCUGUUAAAAAGGCCCUGGAUGAUGCUAGGAGAGCUCAGAAUGCUGCAGAAGGAGCUAUCCAAACCGCCAAUCAUGACAUCAAAGACACUGAGAGGAAAUUAACAGCGAUCCAGACAGCGACAUCUAGUGCAGAGAAUCAUCUCAACAAUGCUAUGGAUCGAGUAGGAAAUCUGGAUAAGCAAAUUGAUGCUCUGAAAAUGAAAAGGGCCAACAAUAGCCUGGCUGCCAGCCGCACAGAAGAAUCGGCCACUGCAGCAUUGGACAAAGCCAAUGAUGCCAAGAAGAUCUUAGAAGGACAACUCGCAGACAAAUACAAAACUGUUCAGAAUGUCGUUGAUUGGAAAGCCAAAAACAUUAAAGACGCAAAGACAAAAGCAGAUCAACUUCAAGAUGAGGCAAAGAAACUCUUAGAGAAUGCACAGGAUAAACUAAAGAGGUUGCAAGAUCUGGAAGUUGAAUAUACGAAGAAUGAGAAACUUCUACAGGACAAAGCAAAACAAAUUAAUGGCCUAGAAGACAAGAUGAAGAAAAUUUUACAUGCAAUUAACCAACAAAUUCAAAUUUACAAUACCUGCCAGUAAAAGUAAAAUCUUGUCAAUGUC